AUGGGUUCGCGAUUUAUUCCUACGAUCGCCUCCCAAUCUCUAGGCCGAGCCCGGUACCACAGCCUGGACCAUAAGCUCGAGCUGUGCCAGAAGUACGGAUUCGAGGCCAUUGAACUCUUCUUCGAGGACCUCGAGGCUGUCGCAAAGGCCUUGCCGGCUUCACAUCCGGCGCUGCCACCGGGUACCUCCUUUGCCGAUUCCACCGAACUGCAAGAAAGCCAACUUGCGGCGGCCGAGUAUAUCCACGACCUCUGUAUCCGUCGCAGAGUGCAAAUCAUAUGUCUCCAACCGUUCAUGCACUACGAAGGUCGGCUGGACUCGGCGUUCCACGGGGAAGCUAUCCAGGAGCUGCAAUUUUGGAUCAAGCUUGCUCGGCGACUAAGCACAGACCUGAUCCAGAUCCCAUCCAGCUUCCUUCCUGCAUCACAAUGUUCAGGCAACCGGGGAAGAAUCGUGGCGGACCUCAGACAAGCUGCAGAGAUCGGUCUUCAAAACGAUCCUCCCACCCGUUUCGCAUACGAAGCCCUGGCUUGGGGAACGCAUGUCGAUACAUGGGAUGCUGCAUGGUCAAUUGUACUGGAAGUCGACAGACCAAAUUUCGGAACUUGUAUCGACGCGUUCAAUCUUGCGGGUCGAAUCUUUGCCGAUCCCGCUUCACUAUCGGGCUUGACUCGCACGGCCUGUGAAGACACCCAGAAGGCAAUUUCGAAGUUACGGAGCGAGCUUCCGUUGGCGUUGGAGAAGGUGUUUUAUGUCGAGGUGUGCGAUGGCGAAAGGCUCGACGUUCCGUUGGGGCCUGGGCAUGAGUGGUACGAUCCUGAGCAACCGGUGCGGAUGUCCUGGUCACGAAAUGCCCGACUAUUUCCCUUUGAGGGAGGGGGAUACCUCCCCGCUUUAGACAUUUUACAGGCUGUGUGCGACGCCGGCUAUACAGGACACGUCUCGUUUGAGCUGUUCUCUCGGACGGCGAAUCGGCCUGGCGGUGAGGUGGCCGAGCAGCACGCCAAAAGGGCAGCUGUGGCAUGGAAGAAAUUGGCAGAGUAUAUGGGCUGGAGCAAACAACAAGCUGGUAUAGACUCGGAAUUUCUGGGUGAUCGUCGGUAUGUGGGAUUCCCGUGGCCUUAA